CACAGCAGAGUGGAGUCGGUAUUCAGGCAGAUGAUCUCUCUGGUUCUGCUUUUGUGAGCGCUAGGCUAGCUUGUAAACAAGAGCAAAACCCCCCGGCCGAGUCUCGGAGAAAUUUCAUGACUGAACACGCGGGUGUUUUUUUGGUUACUCACAGCUGCCGUGUACGCCGGUAUGCUUUUCUUUCCGUUUCCACUACACGUCUUUGCUUUCGACUCUGCAACAUACUGAGACGCUGAUGCUGCCCAAAUGAGCUAACCUCUCAACUGUCUUGAAAGACAAAAUCAACAUUUUCACUUAGACCUAAGUCUGCUCCUGGCAGCGGAUGUCUCGUCGCCUCCGUCUGAGGUUGGAGGCCAGUUGGCGUCAGGAGGUGGGUCCUAAGCAGCAGCAGUGAUGCGGGCUUCAGUGGCAGGUUGCAGGAUGAGUGUGGGUGCACUUGUUAAUGGUCUGCUGGUCUCUGUGGUCGCAGCUCUGCUUUGGAAAUAUUCCAAGCUGAGUGAGCAUGCUGCUCUGUUGGAGGAAGAGCUGCAUAUGACACAGCAGUCCCAGGAGGUCUCACAGGCCCGUAUCGACUACCAUGUUGCUCUGCAGGCGCUUCAGGAACACGGCACCCGCAUGGUCUGCACUGGGAAGAUGCACACUGACCGCAUCUGCCGCUUUGACUACCUCUGUUACAGCUCUGAGGCAGAGGAGUUUGUGUUCUUCCAUUCCAAUUCCUCUGUCAUGCUGCCUAACCUGGGGUCCAGACGUUUCCAACCUGCCCUGCUGGACUUGUCUUCAGUAGAAGAUCACAAUACCCAAUAUUUCAACUUUCUAGAGCUCCCAGCUGCUGCUUUAAAGUUUAUGCCCAAGCCUGUGUUUGUACCAGAUAUAACACUGAUCCUGAAUCGGUUUAAUCCUGAUAACCUCAUGCAUGUAUUCCACGACGACCUCCUCCCAGCCUACUAUACCAUGAACCAGUAUUCAGAUUUGGAUGACGAGGCUCGUCUUGUGUUCAUGGAGGGCUGGAGCGAAGGCCCACACUUUGACCUUUACCGUCUUCUCAGUAGUAAGCAACCGCUUCUCAAAGAACAGCUUAAGAACUUUGGAAAGCUCAUGUGCUUUACUAAAUCUUAUGUUGGCUUGUCCAAAAUGACUACCUGGUACCAAUAUGGCUUUGUCCAGCCACAGGGGCCCAAAGCUAACAUCUUGGUCUCAGGCAAUGAGAUCAGGCAGUUUGCCAGAGCUCUGAUGGACAAAAUGAACAUUACAAGGGUAGAGGAGAUGGAGAAGGAGGGAGGAAGCGGUGAGGAUGAGAAGGAGAAAGAGAAGAAGGAUGACUACAUUGUCGUUUUCAGUCGGUCAACAACAAGACUUAUACUGAAUGAAGCAGAGGUAAUCAUGGCGCUGGCCCAAGAGUUUCAGAUGAGAGUGGUCACAGUGUCCUUGGAAGAGCAGUCUUUUCCCAGUAUUGUACAGGUCAUCAGUGGCGCUUCCAUGUUGGUCAGCAUGCAUGGAGCUCAGCUUAUCACCUCACUCUUCCUCCCUAGAGGUGCUGCUGUGGUGGAGCUGUUCCCUUUUGCUGUGAACCCUGAGCAGUAUACACCAUAUAGAACUCUUGCCUCCCUUCCAGGCAUGGACAUUCACUACAUCUCCUGGAGGAACACUAAGGAGGAGAAUACUGUCACCCACCCAGACAGACCCUGGGAACAAGGAGGCAUUGCUCACUUGGACAAAGAGGAGCAGGAUCGGAUCCAGGCAAGCAAGGAAGUCCCCAGGCACCUUUGCUGCCGCAACCCAGAGUGGCUCUUCCGGAUCUAUCAGGACACUUUAGUGGACAUCCCAUCCUUUCUGGAAGUCCUCAAAGAAGGCAUGAAGACCAAGCCCAGCUUAAAAAAGGCCAAGGUGGCCAGCACGGUCCAUCCGGGCCGGGUCAGAGAACCUAAAUGUCAAACUUCAGUACAAACCACUAAUGAGGCUAAACUCACAGUCUCUUGGCAGAUCCCAUGGAAUUUGAAAUUCUUAAAAGUGAGAGAGGUGAAGUACGAGGUGUGGAUCCAGGAGCAGGGAGAGAACACCUACAUGCCUUAUAUCCUUCCCCAGCAGAACUACACGUUUUCAGAAAACAUUAAGCCCUUCACCACUUACCUGGUGUGGGUUAGGUGCAUCUUCAACAAGAAUCUAUUAGGCCCCUUUGCUGAUGUUCUUACAUGCAGGACCUAGAGUGAGCACAAGGCCUGCUUGUUUGUUUGUGCAGUUUCAUAUAAUGGUGAAGUCACUGUUUCAGUCAAUCACUUUGGAAAAGGGGGACUCUGUUGGAUUAUGGUCUGUAAAAUGGCUGUUGCAUGGUGCUGUUUCCAUGCUCAGCCCGGGAUGAACUGCAGAAGAACCAUGGUCAGAAACGGCCAGAAACGAAUGAAAAGUUCAUCGCUUAUAUUUAGAAAGAAAGUGCAAAAAACUUUGUCUCUUCUAAUAAAACUAGAAUUCAGAUCAGCAGAUUUAUUUGUGAAAAAUAAUAUAUAAAAUGUUUUAUGUGUUAGUCAAAACACUGGUUCUUUACCUUUUACAGAAUGCAAUGUAGUUUCUCUGUAAGGAACAAAAUACAUUUUAGAAUACGAUUUUUAAAAAAA